AUGACCUUUCUCUGGGCUGUCCUUGGCUUUCUCCUCUUUGGCGGCAGCUCGGGCUGCGGGGUCCCUGCCAUCCACCCUGAGCUGAGUGGCCUGUCCCGGAUCGUCAAUGGGGAGGACGCUGUGCCCAGCUCCUGGCCCUGGCAGGUGUCCCUGCAGACCGGCUCGGCCUUACACUUCUGCGGGGGCUCCCUCAUCAGCCAGGACUGGGUGCUCACCGCUGCCCACUGCAGGGUCAGGAAGAGCCACCGUGUGGUGGCCGGCGUGUCAGAUCUCGGCUCCGAUGGCGAGGCUGUCCAGGUGUUGAGGAUCGCAAAGGUUUUUGAACACCCGCUGUGGGACAGGAUUAUGGACACCAAUGACAUCGCCCUGCUGAAGCUGGCCACGCCCGUCCUGCUCUCCAGCGCCGUGUCCCCCGUGUGCCUGCCUGGCGCCAACGCCAGCUUCCCCCCGGGCUCCAUCUGUGCCACCACGGGCUGGGGCAAGUCCCAGUACAACUCCUACAAGACCCCCAACAAGCUGCAGCAGGCGGCCCUGCCCCUCCUGUCCAACGCCGACUGCAUGAAGUUCUGGGGCAGCAAGAUCACGGACGUGAUGGUUUGCGCGGGCGCUAGCGGCGUGUCCUCCUGCUCGGGCGACUCUGGGGGUCCCCUGGUCUGCCAGAACGACGGAGUUUGGACCCUGGUGGGCAUCGUGUCCUGGGGCAGUAGCUGGUGCAACCCAUUCUCACCAGGGGUGUACACCCGCGUCACCAAGUUCAUUCCCUGGGUUCGUGAGGUUCUGGAGGCCAACUGAACCCCUGCCCCACCCCCCAACUCCUGCAAAACCC